AUGGAUGAGAAUGGCUCCCGCAUCCGCCGGCGGGUGUCUUACCGCAAAAGGACCCGUCCUAGCCUGGAGAGCAUUGGUGCCGUCUGCACUGCGGCCGAGCACGAACCUGCACCUGAGAAUGUGGACGAGGAGGAGAUGGUGGCUGGGAGCCGGCGGCGGAAAACUCUGGACCUGCAACCCGUCGAGGUACGGCCACUACUUUUAGAAUCCCAUGUAAUUCCGUACCCCGUUCCCCACUUUCAUGACUGGGGCAAACACCCAGGCCUCCUCCUACCCCGCAUGCCCACCGAAAAGAGGGUGAGAGACCAGCCUUAUGACAGUGAAGAGGACAUGUUUGGUGACUAUGAUAGCUUUGCUGAAAACUCUCUUUUACAUCAAAUUGAUGACUUGGAACAAAAAUACAUACACCUUCCUGAGCAGAAGAAACAAGAUAAAGACCUUGCCACUAAAGUACUUUCUUCAGGACACAUUGAAGACAACAAACUCAGCAUCCCUGUGGUUGGUGAAAGUGCAGUAUUGAAAGAUAAUGAGCACACCAUGAACCUGAGUGAGCCUAAGGAUGUCACUGUUGAGUCAGAAAUGGACCUUUUAUAUGAUGUACCUUCUUCACAGGUUUUAUUCUUUGAAAACUUACAUAAUUCUUCAAAUAAUUUGAGUAAUCAUUUUACAAAAGGAAGAGAUGGAAAUUCAUCCUCUUGCCAGGCCUUGAAUGAAGCAUUACCACACAGUCAAAUGGAGCUUCCCCAACAAAAUGAUAAAUCUUGUUCUAAAGUCCAAACUAGUGCCGAUGUGACUAGGAGAAGAAGUCUUAAAGAUCACUUAAAAAGUGCCAUGACUGGAAAUGCCAAAGCCCAAACAGCAGUAUUUUCUAAGACUAAGCAGCUCCAAGAGACUCUCAUAUCUGAAGAAAUUAAUGUUGCUAAGAAAGCACUCGAGUCAUCAUCAGAUGACCGUGGACCCUUUUAUUCAUUGCCCAGCAAAGUGAAAGACCUUUAUGUGCAGUUCAAGGGAAUUGAAAAAUUAUAUGAAUGGCAACAUACUUGUUUAACUCUGAAUUCUGUGCAAGAAAGAAAAAAUUUAAUAUAUUCCUUACCAACCAGUGGUGGGAAAACCCUUGUGGCUGAGAUUUUAAUGCUACAAGAACUUCUUUGCCGGCGGAAAGAUGUUUUAAUGAUCCUACCAUAUGUAGCAAUUGUCCAAGAAAAGAUUUCAGGUUUGUCAGUUUUUGGUGUGGAACUGGGUUUCUUUGUGGAAGAAUAUGCUGGAAGCAAAGGAAGAUUUCCUCCAAUUAAAAGAAGGGAAAAGAAAUCACUAUAUAUUGCCACUAUUGAAAAAGGACAUAGUCUGGUGAAUUCCUUGAUUGAAACAGAAAGGAUUAGCAGCCUGGGUUUGGUUGUUGUAGAUGAGUUGCACAUGAUUGGUGAAGGAAGCCGAGGGGCUAUACUGGAAAUGACUCUAGCAAAAAUCCUCUACACUAGCAAAACAACUCACAUUAUUGGGAUGAGUGCAACAUUAAACAAUGUUAAAGAUCUACAAGAGUUCCUUCAAGCAGAAUAUUACAGCAAUCAGUUUAGACCAGUUGAAUUAAAAGAGUACCUGAAAAUAAAUGAUAAGAUAUAUGAGGUUAACAGCAAAGCUGAAAAUGGCAUCACUUUUUCACGUCUCCUUAAUUAUAAGUAUUCUGAUACCUUGAAAAGGGUGGAUCCUGAUCACCUGAUAGCAUUAGUAACAGAAGUUAUUCCCAAUUAUUCCUGCUUAGUUUUUUGUCCUACAAAGAAGAACUGUGAAAAUGUUGCAGAAAUGAUAUGCAGGUUUCUAAACAAGGACUAUCUUAAACACAAGGAGAAAGAAAAAUGUGAAGUGAUUAAGAAUUUGAAGAGCAUAAGUGGUGGCAACCUGUGUCCUGUUCUGAGGCGUACUGUCCCAUAUGGAGUUGCUUAUCACCACAGCGGUCUCACCAGUGAUGAAAGGAAGCUCCUGGAGGAGGCCUAUUCCACAGGAGUCCUCUGUCUUUUUACCUGCACCUCCACCCUAGCAGCAGGUGUCAACCUGCCAGCUCGUAGAGUUAUUGUAAGAGCCCCCUAUGUUGCCAAGGAAUUCUUAAAGAAGAAUCAGUAUAAACAGAUGAUUGGCAGGGCUGGCCGUGCUGGAAUAGACACUGUUGGGGAAAGUAUCCUUAUACUGCAAGAAAAAGACAAGCCACAGGUAUUGGAGUUAAUAAACAGCCCAUUGGAAAACUGUUAUAGCCACCUUCUUCAGGAAAUUACCAAAGGAAUUCAAACUUUAUUUCUCUCUUUGAUUGGUUUGAAGAUUGCAACAAAUUUGAGAGACAUAUAUCACUUUAUGAGUGGCACAUUUUUGGGGAUUCAAGAAAAGAUUUUGUUGAAAGAAAAAAGUCUCUGGGAAAUAACCGAGGAGUCCCUUCAGUGCCUGACAGAUAAAGGACUCCUACAAAGAGACAGUGCUACUAAUUCUGAAGAAGAGAUACAACAUAAUUUCCGGAUUACAAAUUUGGGGCGAGCUUCUUUUAAAGGCAUGAUAGACUUGGCUUACUGUGACAUUCUGUACAGAGACUUGAAAAAGGGUCUUGAAGGACUUGUACUUGAGAACCUUCUUCAUCUAGUCUACCUAACAACUCCUUAUGAUAUGGUUCUCCAGUGUAACCCUGACUGGAUGAUAUACUUCAGGCAGUUCGGCCAACUCAGUCCAGCAGAACAAAAAGUAGCUGCUCUUGUUGGAGUAUCUGAAAGCUUCAUUGGGAAGAAAGCAUCAGGUCAAGCAAUCAAGAAGAAAGUGGACAAGGACAUUGUCAACCGACUGUAUCUGUCUUUCAUUCUUUAUACUUUGCUCAAAGAAACCAACAUUUGGAGUGUGUCUGAAAAAUUUAACAUGCCUCGAGGGUAUAUACAAAGCCUUCUCACUGGAGCUGCCUCCUUCUCGUCUUGUGUGUUACAUUUCUGUGAGGAGCUAGAAGAGCUGUGGGUAUAUAGAGCCCUCUUGGUCGAGCUCACCAAGAAGCUGACUUACUGUGUGAAGGCAGAGCUCAUCCCUCUCAUGGAAGUGACUGGAGUUUUAGAGGGUCGAGCAAAACAAUUAUACAAUGCUGGCUACAAGAGUCUAAUGCACUUAGCUAAUGCAAAUCCUGAGGUGCUAAUAAAGACAAUUGCUCAUUUAUCAAGACGCCAGGCUAAACAAAUUGUUUCAUCAGCAAAGAUGUUGUUAAAUGAAAAAGCAGAAGCUUUACGAGAAGAAGUGGAAGAAUUACUGAGGUUGCCUUCUGAUAUCCCUGAUAUGGCUGCUUCCAUGGAAAAAGCAUGAAGCGACCCAAGGAGCAUUUUUAAAUGGAAUUAUUUAUUAUGUAUAUAUUUUAUUAAAUAUUCCUUAUACUUUAUAAAUGGAAAAAUUCAUUUUAUUUAUA